AUGAAUCCACUGUGGCACGGCCUUUUGGGCUUCACUAUUGGCGUUCUCGGGUUCAUUUCCAUGGCCGGCAAUGGCAUGGUCAUCUAUAUCUUCACAGCCACUAAGAGUCUCAAGACCCCGUCGAAUUUGCUCGUUGUGAAUCUCGCCUUCUCCGAUUUCUUCAUGAUGGCCGCCAUGUCCCCGGCUAUGGUUAUAAAUAGCUAUAACGAGACUUGGGUUUUGGGGCCUUUGGCUUGCGAGUUGUAUGGUUGCGCCGGCUCACUGUUUGGAUGCGUGUCCAUCUGGACAAUGACGAUGAUUGCUUUCGAUCGCUACAACGUCAUCGUGAACGGGAUCGCCGCUAAGCCGAUGACGAAGAGCGGGGCUCUGCUGCGCAUCCUUGGCAUUUGGAUCGCUUCUUUGGCUUGGACAAUCGCGCCCUUCUUCGGAUGGAACAGAUACGUUCCCGAAGGAAAUAUGACUGCAUGUGGCACUGACUAUCUGACAAAGGAUUGGUUAAGCAGGAGUUAUAUUCUUGUUUACGCAUUCUUCGUCUACUUCGCUCCGUUGCUGUUAAUCAUCUAUUCUUACUACUUUAUCGUAAAGGCGGUAACUGUACACGAAAAGAACAUGAGGGAACAAGCCAAGAAGAUGAACGUCGCUUCUCUUAGAUCUUCAGAGGCCGCGAAUACUAGUGCUGAAUGUAAAUUGGCCAAGGUGGCGCUGAUGACCAUUUCAUUGUGGUUCAUGGCGUGGACACCAUAUUUGGUCAUCAACUUCACGGGAGUUUUUGAGAGCGCCCCAAUCACUCCUCUCGCCACAAUAUGGGGCUCCCUGUUUGCGAAAGCUAAUGCCGUCUACAACCCCAUUGUAUACGGUAUUAGUCAUCCGAGAUAUCGUGCGGCCCUCUACAAGAAGUUCCCUUCUCUUUCUUGUGAGCCUUCUCCAGACGAUGUGACCUCUACAGCAUCUAGUGCCACUGCUAUAUCUGAUGAGAAGCCAUCUGCU